AUGCAUAACUUUACAGUUGGGGAAAUCGAAGAAACUAAUGUUCCAGGUCCAGAGGUACAAACUUAUAACGAGGAGGUAUUAAAUUCUCUUUCACAUGGUCUAGGUUUGGUUCUCUGUAUUCCAGCAGUUUUUUUCUUAAUUUCCUUGGCAAGAAUGAAGGGUUCAAAAUGGCAUGUUUUAUCUUGCUCAAUUUAUGGAAUCACUCUUAUGACAAUGUAUUUUUGUUCAACUUUGUAUCAUUCAGUUGAUAUUUUAAAUUUACAAAGAUAUAGAAGUUUUUUUAAAGAUUUAGAUCAUUGCGCAAUUUAUUUCUUAAUCGCAGGUACAUAUACCCCAUUAACAUUAAUUAAUUUAGUAUAUAACAAUUUAUCAAGUAUUGGAUCUUCCAUUCAAACCAAAGUAUUAGAUGGUGCCGGGGAUUCAAUUCGUACAGCCACUACAACAGUAAGCGCAGUUGUAAAAAGAAAAACACCAAAAGUUGUUAAAGUUGGUUGGUUAAUGUUUAUAUUAAUUUGGACAAUGUGUUUCUUUGGUGUAGGUAGCAAAUUAAUUUUAGGUGCCAAUGGCGUUCCAGAUAUCAUUUCAAAUUCAUUCUAUCUCUUAAUGGGAUGGACAUCAAUUAUUGGCCUCAAAGAUUUGAUCACACAUCUACCAAAGAAGGGUCUAAAGUUAUUGGUAUCCGGUGGUGUAACUUAUACUAGUGGUGUCGCAUUUUUAAUUUGGGAAACUGCUCCAUUCAACCAUGCUGUAUGGCAUCUUUUUGUUUCUGCUGGUACUUUGUUCCACUAUUUCUGCAUUUUAGAAUGUUUAUUACCUUCAAAAUUCCUUAAAAAAGACUCCGAAUGUAUCCAACAAACCAAUACCACAACAAAUCUUUCAACAGGCACAUCAAAUACAGUCAUUAACAAAGCUACAAUCAACACUCAUACCCACUCCGUAAUUUUAGAACAUUUCGAAUAUGCUGAGGAACAAAUUAGAAUUAAAUUCUUUGGUUCAGGUAAAAGAAAAAUUUUUAUUAUUAAAUAUAUGAAUGUUUUAUAUUCAAUUUUCCUUGGUUGGUGGGAUAAAAUGCCAACCAUUAAAAAAAAUAUUAAAAAAAAUAAUUAAAUAAAACUAUAUAUAAUUUUUAUUAAAAAAUUAUUGUAUUAACAAAUAUCACAU